GGUCCCAUUGACCGCCACGUAUCGCUAACGAAGAUGCAACAAGAGAUUGAAAGGCUAAGGAAAAAAACAUUGUCCGGCGGAGAAUCGAAGAAGAACGGAACAUCUCAAGAUCCAUUUUUUUUGUCCGUACCAAGAAACAAGAAAAUCGGAAAAUGGACAUAUCUGUGCGAAUCUCCUGCUUAAAAUCACCCAAUCUCUGCCUGAUAAUCCCUAGCUUCUCAUCUUCCUCUAGAUUCCGCUGCUCCAAAAGAAAUUCCGACGAAUCUCCCAAAAACGGAAACGACAACGGUGAUAAAUCGUCGAGGGAUUGGGACAAGGCGUGGAAGAAUUUCAAGAAGCAAAGCAAGAAGACGUUAUUCUCUCAGUUCAACGUCGACAAGUACGUGACGUGGAAUCCUCCGAGAUCGGAGUUUCCGUUGUCGGAGGAAGUCGAUCCCAUAAAGAGAACAGAGAGGUCGAAUCUCAUGCUCUGGACAAGUCCGAGGUUCACAUUAGUUGGAGCCAUCGUCAUUGUCUCAUUCCUCCUUCUCUACACCAUUCUUGCUCCUGUCAAGUGAACAAUAUUUUAUUCACUACAAAGGCCAUUUUAUUUUGUUAGUGGUAAAAUCAUUUAGAUCAGAUUCUGAAUGUGUUUCUACUGUUUUUAUUAUAGCGUUUACCAAAUAAGAUCCUAAUUUCAACGUGAAAUAUUACAUAAGCAGCAACUAAACUUUGGAGUAUAAAAGUUCUAUUCACAAACGUUCUAAAUCUUGGUAGACAACUG